AUGGCCGGGCAGCGCGGAGAGCUCUUCAUCGAAGAGUUCUUAGAUUGGAGGGUCGAUUCCUCCGAGCGCGAGUCCCUUUCUGCGCUCGUGCAGAGAGAGGGACUGGAGUCGGCUGGCGAUUUAGCGCAUUUGUUUUGCUCGACGGACGAGGCGGAGCAGUGUGGAGUGCCCACGGCCUGGGCCGUGGCUCGGGACGUGGCGCGGGUGACGCCGUGGCUGGUGCCCGCGCAUGGCAUUUGCGCGGAGGGGCGAUUUGGCGGCGCGGCGGCGGCCGCCGCGCCCGCCGUGAGCGCGGGGGUCGCGGCGGGGAAAGGGCGUGGGCCUACCGCCGCGCGCCGCGGUCGGCCGAGACGCUGUGCCGCAGUGGCGACGGAGGCGGCAGAGCGUGAGGGGCGCGUUCAGCUGGCGGUCAGCGCAGUUCGAGUGUCGCUUGAAUGGCGCCCGGAAAGCGGCCUCGGGCAGGGGUUGCAGGAGGCGCAGGCCGAGAUGCUCGCCGACGUCUCGUCCGCGGCGGUGUUUAGGCUGAGUAAUUUCGAAGCCGGGACGCUGCGCACGGCCUUGCGCGUGUGGGGGCAGUGGGCCGAGUGGGCGGGCCGGCAAGGGCAGCCGGCGACGAGUCUGGCGCGGCAACCCAUGGCAGUCGCCGAGUUCGUGCAUAAGCUCUCGAUCGCACGGACGUCCGGCGUCAGGAUCUGGAACGCCUUGAAGUGGAUGUGCGUACAUCUGAAAGCGCCUUUCUGCCUGGACGAUGCGUUUCGCCCUGUGCCACGUGAUCCAGGCAGUGGAACCGUAGCACCGCCGGCCCAGGCCACUGUCGUCGAACCCGAGAUGAUUUACCAUGUGAUCGAUUUCCUGGAUGGCGCGAGAACGCCUGGGCAAGUCAUGCUCGCGGCUGGGAUGCUGGCGGUGGUAUUCGCGUGGGUGAGGUACACGCACCUGCUGCGCUCUAGGCGGCUAGGUGGCGCGCGGUCCGCCGCUGACGCCUUGUGGGAUGGUUGGCACAAGUUGGCGGCGCGGGAAGAUCGAGCAGGAAGGGCUGUGCCGACGGGGCUCGUCUUCGAUCCAGUUUCCGGCGCGCCGGUGAAGUUGGGUGCCUUUAACCGAUCGCUGAAGGAAGUAUUCCGAGGCUCGCUAGCGGACGAUUCCCAGUUGGAUCUUGUGACUUCGUACAGUUUGCGCCGGGCUGGGCCUACAUGGGCGAGCGCGAUACAAUUGGACUGGGAAGCCCGAGUCAUCGCGGGCGGUUGGACGGAGGGGGGAGACAACUCCCGUCGGAACCAGAUGCCGCUCGUGUAUAAUGCGCGUCGGCGGCAAGCCGAGAUGUGCACGCGCCUGCACAUGGCCGGAGUGUUGUCGUGCCUGCGGACCGAUCUGGAGGCCCCAGUGCAAUGGGGGCAAGUGCGAUGCUGGGCGAGUUCUGCGCCAGGAAAAGUAAUGUUGGCCGACCUAGAGAAAGAGGCGCAGCAGCGGGUGGCGGUGUCGACCGUUCGUGAGAAGGCCGCGUUCUUGCCCCCGUCGGUCGUCGAGGAGUUGAGGCGGCAGAAGUUUCUCCGGAUAAUCGUG